AUGCUCGCUGGCACAUCUCAAACAUGGUGUACUUGCGACGGCACCAAUCUCGGAGGUUUCGUACAGCACACUGAACCAUUCAACCAGCCAGCCGAAGUGUCGCCCUGCUUUCUUGCUCCAGCAUCACGGGUCAAGAACAUCUGGCAUACUGACGACCUCAUCUCAACGGCCUUGCCAUCUGGGCACAAGGAACCCCACCCACCUCCCCCCACACAAAUCAGCACGCGCCUAUCUCUCCCGCCUCAAGUCCACCGCAUUGUCGGUGUGCAGAUUCUUGUGGCGUCUCCAAGCCUUGGGGAGAUGCAGGUGUCCUAG